AUGCAGGCCCCCACACCGGCCUCUCGAGCACGCCAAGAUGGCACCCAUAUAUGCACAGCCGCCGAGGGUGGUCACGGCCGCACUCACGAUGGAGGUGUCGCCGUCCUCCAUGUUCUCAUCCAAGCUCCCGCGGCUUGGGUACUCGUCGUCCCAAUAAGCUGCCCUGAGCCUACCUACCUGACCUUUGAAGCUCCAGAAUUUUACGACCCUUUUCGUUUUGCACGCUGGACAGGCCCGGGCAUCGCAGUGUUCCAACGGUCCGCUGGUGCGGUGCGAAUGAGCGGCCACAAUGUUGACGUUAAUCCUCCGCCGGCACUCCUGGUCAUUCAAAAGAACAUGGCCAAUUCAGCGACCAGGAUACCAACGAAUAGGCGAAGUACAGAUCUCUCAAACACAAGACGAAACGAUAUACCUGGCCCAGCACAUAGAAGAAGUAGCGGUUCAAGAUCUUCCAUCCCACACUCUCCGACGGCGCUUUCGAAUACACCAUUGCCUGUACGCGCUCCGACAUCAUCGACACAAUUCUCGGAUGCCCCAAAUUCUUCGAGUGGUCCACGGAUAGCUGUGAGAUCUUCGACACUCUCACUACCACAGUAUCGUGAUCGUCGGCUGAGGAUCUUUUGCCUCCGGGAGCACACGGAUGAGGAUCCUGAGUUCUUGGUCGAUGUUCUGAAGCAUGUUUCGAACAUCUCUGGUGACAAACAGCUACCGCGAAAAGGUGGCCGAUCUAUCGUCUUAUGCGUCCAUGUUCUCAACGAGAAGGGCGAAGAAGACCGGGUCGCUGCUAAGGUCCUCGAAGUCAAUAAUUCUCUCACCGAGAGCCUUGCGUUAGCAGAGUGGCAUAUCUUACAAAAGUUUAACCAUAAGCAUAUCAUUGCCACAGCAGGCGCUUGCAAGAUGAUCUCUUACGAUAAUGAUGACGAGGAUGUGCCUAGAGUCAACAUCGGCAUACUUCUAUACCCAUACGCUCCUUAUACCUUGAAAGACCGAAUCGAAAAGAUCGCGAGAGCAGAGGGCGCCAGGCGUGUUGGCAUGUCAAAAUUGAUGCUCAAGUGGUUUGCUUGUUUAUGUCAUGCCGUCGUCUAUCUGCACUCCGAAGGAUCGAAACACAGAGACAUCAAGCCAGAGAACAUCCUCGUCGACAAUGUAAACACCGUGAUCCUGGCAGACUUCGAUCGCGCAGGCGCGCACUAUGAGGAUCCUAGGAUGCUAGAGUCCCAGGGGCCGACACCUCGGACCGACCGAUAUGCUCCCGCAUGUGUGUUCGACGAGACAAGCCCUCGUGGCCCGGAGCGUGACAUUAAUUGCCUAGGGUUCUGCUUUCUUGAGAUGGCAACUGUCAUACUGGGCGAGACGGAGACGAAGUUAGUCCAGCACUUGCAUGCCAAAGCAAAAACAAAGAGUCCCGGCAUUCCUCCCUAUCGAGAGGCGCUGGCAGAUGGAAGCGUUGAAUCAUGGCUGGCACAUCUUAAGAAGACUUCUCACUCACGGCCCGAACUUGUUCCGAUCGACUCGUUCAAGCGAGUUACGGUCGAGGAGUUCCUGGGUCUGAUCCUUAGCAUGAUGAGAGCGGAUUCGUCACAAAGUCAUAUGCUUCGACCUGCUUGGGAGAUUCUCAGGCAGCUUUGUGACCCGUGCGAACAUUGUGGUCCAACCCUACCGCAGCAGGUAUCCUCGGAAAGCCAGCAGCAACUGGCUGCCGAUCGCCCGUCGAACAAAGUCCCUCGUCGUCAGUCAAACGGGGCUUUGGCUCCCCCGUCAUCUACCACUCACAGUCCACUGUCCGGGCCUUCCCGGUUCCAUGCUGAUGGAACCGCGAUGGAAAGGAGAAGUACUGAAGAUACGAUGCAUCUCGCUGACUCCAGACAGAAUCAAGCGCCUACUUCAAUUUUGAGCGAAGAAACAUCAGAUCGGCUUCCUAGUAAAAGUGAAGAGUCAGAUGACGAGGUCACUUCCACACCAAAAUUGACCGUAACCAGGACUGUGACUGGCAAUGGAACCAUCACAGUGCCUCUACAGUAUCAUCGUAACGUCGUCGAUGACACCGAUGCUUCCGAGAGGCCGUUGAAACGACGUUGCCCUGCGGAAACACUGGACAGGAAUCGAGUUCCAUCGCAACUGGACAAGAUAAAUGAGGUUUCAGUCGGCCCGCGUGCGAAAGCAUCAACGUCUGACUCGGAAAUGCUCCGUACAAGUCCAGCUCCACAGAAUUCACAUCCACCAAGCGUCGACAGCCAAGAAAACCCGGUGACUGACGACCGGGCGCUCACUCCAUCGGGCCGCAAGAGAUCCUUUCGAAACUUUGUGGAUCAAAUCAAUGGUUCUCUCGUAUGCUUAUGGGGCUGCGAUCCUCGCAAGAGAGCAGCAUUGAAAUUGAAGUCUCGAGUCAAGCAACCAUUCGAACUGACCCCCCCACUGAUACACAUCACAGCCUCUGUUUUGACCGGAAAUCUUUAUCACAUCGACUCCCGAAGCGGUAGCAGACUCAAGGGAGAUCUUACCUUUGCAUGCCAAUAUUCUGCGAAAAUGCGGGGUUUUGAAAGCGAUUUUCGUGCAUCAACCGUCACUGGAGACGACAGUACAAUAUGUCAGAUGAAUCCAGCGCAUCAUGAUUUGUGCACGUGGUGGCGAAGAAUGGAUUUGUAA